AUGGGGCGUGGUUUGGUGAGAUGUGCCCACGGGCUGGAGCAUGGAGGUCUGAAGUUGCAUGCUUUGGGGCUGGAGCAUGGAGGUCUGGAGGUGCCUAAGCCUGGCAUGCGAGGUGGGCUCGAGCUGGCGUGCGCUGGGCUUCGAAUUGGGGGUCUGGAGGCUCCAGGCCCUGCCUGCAUUGGAGCUGAGCGGAAUUGGGCCAGCGUGAGACGUGGGCUUGCGCUAGGCAAGCUGGCCACUUGCGCUGGUGCUGGAGCGGGCUGCGCGCUGGAGUCGGGCCUUGCGCGAGACUUGGGCCGCGCCAGCUGCUGUUUGGAGCGAACGGGCCAGGCACUAGACGGGCCUCUGUGCUGGACUUGGUGCUGGGCUGCGCGCUGA